CACGCCCUGCCCAAUCCCGCUGACUUGCUGGAACCCACUUCUCAUCAUAAUUCUAAUUCAACACCUUUCUUGCUGCAGGCUGAUGGAUGGAUCAUGGGACCCAAUCAUCAGCUCCUUUUCUGGGUGCCUCCCGCUUCCCGACGUCCAUUUUAUACUCCUUGGACUUCAUUGGUGAUUCCCAGAGGACAUCCCGAACUUGAUUUGAGCCGCAUGGCACAUGGGACACACUGGUCGAGUUGCCGAGAUGC